UCUUCUCACAACAAAAUCUACAGUUCUUCUUUUCUAGUUUUUGUUUUCGUUUUCAAAUUGUUGCCGUUGUUGCUGUUUUUGUUGAAGCUGGUGGGGACUCACUGAGUCACUGAGUCACUGGGUCACUGGGUCACUGAGUGAGUGAGAGUUUUUAUUUUCAUUUUUAUUUUAUUUUCAUUUUUUCUUUGUCAAAGUGUGAAGAAUUAAUGGCAGCUGAAGAGGUCAACAAGCCUCCAACACUACCUCCUUAUCCUCAGAUGAUUUUAUCAGCUAUUGAAGCUUUGAAUGAGACGAAUGGCUCAAACAAGACAUCGAUAUCCAAAUACAUUGAAUCAAAAUAUGGGCAGUUGCCACCUGGGCACACAACACUGCUGGCUCACCAUCUGAACAGAAUGAAGGAAACUGGAGAGCUAGUUUUCUGGAAAAACAAUUACAUGAAACGUGACCCAAAUGCACCUCCAAGGCGUGGUCGUGGUAGACCACCAAAGCCAAAGAACCCAUUGGCACAGGCCAAAGUUCUGGCUCCGGCCAGGCCUAGGGGCCGCCCACCAAAGGAUCCCAAUGCUCCUCCAAAGCCGGUGAAGCCUAAGGUAGCAACCGGAAGUGGGAAGCCUAGGGGACGACCACGGAAGAUGGCAAAGCCUUCAGGUGGGAUAAGUGGAAGCACCACAACAACAGUUACAGCGAAAGCGACAGGAAGAGGUAGAGGCCGGCCCCCAAAGGUGAAACCUCCAUUGACCGAAGUGAGUGUUGAACUAUAGACCCUUAUCUUGCCGGUACUGGUGGUUGUUGCUUACUAGUCUGUUGGUUUUUGCUGUGUUUGUAGAAUUGGUGGUGUUGUUAGUCUGUUUAUUGUGUUGUAAGUGCAAUGUAGAAUUGGAUGGUGUAGUAGUUGUUCGAGGCUUUUGACAGUCAGUUCAUUAGGUUUUGUAGAGGAUGAUUGAUGCUAAUGAUGAUUGGAGUAAUCUUGUUGUCUCAAAUGUUUUGCACAAGUUUGUUUAUGUUUUCGGGUGAAAUAUUGAAUGGCAAAAUCAUACAUGAGAGCUUUGGAUUUUCAUUUAUCAAUUUAAUCACGUUGUAUGUAUGAAAAACAUUGUGACAGCUU